CAUUAAUAUUGUGUCAAAACACGAAAAACGAGCCCUUAGAUAUACACUUCUUUCCCUUAUAUCCUUUGGUCACAUGCUGGGACUAUCCACGCCAAUCAACGCUAUCCGUGCAAGUUUCCGUUGGCCUGGUAGAUAGGUGCGAGUUUCGAUUGUGGAUUUGAUCGUUGUAACAAUCGGCAGCACACGUGCGCCCGCUCACGGUAGACACGGAUGCCCCAACGCACGUGGGUACUCUCUGUGAGCACCAAGCUGAGUUGGCGGCACAGCGUGGACCGACAGCCGUGUGCUUGCGUACCGGGAACCUCUGUUGCGUCGGAACCUUGUUGCUGUCGGAGCGAUCAGUGACGAGAACGUCGCGCGGAGCUUUUGUUCCAGCUGUCUCGGCCAGCGACAUUGCACCAUAUUGUAGCUCAUCUCACCACACCUUUAGCAAGUGUGGUGAGAUGAGCAGUGCUUGAGCUGCCGAGGAUUAGCGAUUAAUCGUCGCGUAGGGGAUUCGGAUUCAUCAGUCAUCGCUGCAUGGCCCCCAGAUUUCGACCAUGGUUUGACGUACGAUCGGCUGAUCGCGUGCUAUUCGCAUCGACUCUCUCGCUUCUACCAUUGUGGAAGCCGCCCCAGCGUGUCGUGUUGCGUAGCCGUGGUGCAAUCGCAGAGGAAGUUUCUCAGCGGCGACAUCUGCUCCAACCCACAUGGCAGUCGCUUGCAGUCCCGACGCUCAACUGAUUCCCAGGGAUUCCAACCCCGUGACACCUGCGUCGCAGGCGCCCGCUCGCCUUUACGUAGCGUUACUCAACGAAUUGGCGGAUGUAGAUCGGGUGCGCUUCGCGUUUCUGGUGUACGCGGCGAUAAACUCGCAGCACGGCGUCCCGCCCUCGCGGCAGUCGCGCGCCCUGGUCCGGUACCUGACCGGGCGCGGCGGCGAUGACUUCGACGUCGUCAAGAGCUGCCUGCGCGACGAAUUCGGAGCCUUGGUGGACGACACCGCGCUGGAGAUUCUGUACGUGAUGCGAAAGUUCGAGCCCAUGCGAAGGAUAUUCGGAGUCUGUCGUCACCGAGCCAGCAGGCUCUACCAGUCUCCCAGGCGCGUCAGGAAGUUUUGGCGUGAGUUGGCCAACUUCUGCGAGUCCUGCCUGGAUGAGGAGGCUGCGGAGAUCUCGAGGCACUUCCUUCCCGAAUCCUCGCUGUCUGGUGUGCCAACGCAUGCGGAAGCAGUUGUCGUGCUUUUGUACGAGCGGAGCGUCAUUACCUUAGACAACUACUCUGCCCUGUACGAACACGUGAGGACCACGUACAACAACGAGGAACUCUUGGAGCAUCUUUGUGAGACAGUGCCGCGGUAUCCUAUGGUCAACAGUCCUCAUGGAUAUGCCGUCAUUUUAAAUCACAACGUGUUCAAAGACCCAAAGAACGAGAUCAAGUUGCUAGAGAGGCAAGGCACAAAGAAAGACGUUGAUGUGCUGAAGCGACUGUGGGAGGAACUGGAUUUCAAUGUAAGGAUAUACGACGACUUCACAUCAAGUGAAAUUGAAAAAUUGCUGCUGGAAAUUGCCACAGUUUGGGACCACAGCAAGAGUGAUGCCAUUGUGUUCAUCAUCCUGUCCCACGGGUACAGAGGUGGGUUUUACGCCAGUGACUGCGCGAAGGUGGACCUCGACACAGUCGAGAGCUACCUCUGCGAGAAAUGCGACGGCCUCCAGAACAAGCCGAAGGUGCUUUGCAUCCAGGCUUGUCAGAAUGAAGACAACUCCGCUCGCUGUCCUACCGUGACCCCCACUACGGCAGCAUCUUCGUGCAAGCUUUCGUGGAUGCAGUGCGGCGACACUGGCGCAACCACGACCUGCUGCAGAUCGGGACAUUCAUCAACAGCGGUGUUGCCGACAGACCCAUCCCCGUGGUGUCCAGCAAUGGCCAGAAUAUCAACUGGUCAAGCCAGACCUCGGAAGUCGGCAACACGCUCACUCGUUCCCUCUACCUGGGAAAGGAGUGAAACACCGCUGCAGUGGUUUAGGCCCCCAAUACAGAUAGUCAGUCAAUUGUUUUUACCAUUUUUUUUUAACAGCCAAGCUGUGAAAGCUGAUAGGGAGAGGUCUUUCACAAAAAAACCCUGCUGCGUUGUGCCAUUGCCAUAGCAACCGCCACAGCUGCAUGCCACCUGUGCCGAAGAUAGCCCAGCCGUCGCCAUAGCAACCACCACAGUUUCUUAGACUGUGGCUCAGGGACAGCGGUUUCAACACAUUCAGAGUAGCAAGCUUUGUGCCUAUUCUGAAUCCGCUCUUUGUUGUCACUUGGUUGCCGCUUCUUCAGCCAGGCAUGCUGAAUCCAAUCACCACCAGUGUUGAGACUGCCGUGACUGCGAGCUGAGGAACAAACAGCUUCGCUUUGCCAAGCUUUGUGCAACUUUGUGCAAACUUUGUGCAAACUUUCCACAUUUUUCUUUUUUACCAACAGUCAAGAGAAAGUCAGUCUAGACAGGUAGACGCACCCCUCCAGCACUCUUACCUGCAUAUCCUCAGUGGGAAAGGGCAUUUCUCGCUGCACUUUCUUGCAGUCCAGGAUGAAAAUCCGAGCUUUGUCCACAGACGUUGUUGCUCCCACAGAGUAUUUGCAUUAGAGCUCUAUUCAGUAACGCUUACUUAUUUUUGCCAUGUCUCAUGCCUUUCGGAAGCUGACUUUCCCAUACAGGCACACACUUGUGUCACUGCAUAUAUGUAGAAUAUUAAUGAGAUCUAACAGACAAUCAUGCCAAGUACAAGGUAUGUUAUUAGAAGCAAUUGUUAUGUAAAUAUGAAGGAGUAAAAGUGGAUGAAAAGAUAACUUGCUGUUGGGCAGGGACCACAGCUGCGACCUUUGAGUAACGUGUCUGAUGCUCUACCAACUGAGCUACUAUGGCUGAUAUACCCCCGUCCGCUUUGCACGUCAGCAUGGUGAUAUCAUUAAUGUGUUUCAUGCUAGUGGUUGUUUUAGUGGUUUGCAUGAAAACUCGUAAGGCCAUUGUGUGUGCAUUAUUUUUGCAGCCAGAUUUGCUGUAAUAUAUGAUGAACAUGAUAAAAGUGUGCAAGAGUGUAACUAGCACCUAACUUAUUUUUGUACGGUGAAAUUUCUAGACUUGUUAUUAGUGUGGUGUUUAGGCAAUGGUAUUAACCAUGUCCAGGAAGGCGACAGGUCUGUUUGUGCAGGUUAUUUAAUAUUAGUUUCUUGUUAAAAUGCUUCUGAUCACUGGAUCUCAUGUCGUGUGGUGCAACUCCCAAGUUGUGUAGACGGCGAUGUCCUUCUGAUCGCGCUAUUCAUGUGCAAGAAAACUGUCCUACUUAUGCUCCCAUUUAACGGUGGUGCUUGUAACCCUUAAUGACCAGAGUAAUAUAAUCUGCAUAAAAUGCAUGUAUGAGUCUCUGUAUCUCCUGGAGGAGAUACCGAUAUUGGGGUUAAACAGGAACGGUGACAAAACAGAACCCUGUGGUGUCCCUUUGCCCCCAAUGCGAAAGAAUCCGAUUUGAUAUCUCCUAUUAAAGUUUCUGUGGUUCGACCCUCCAAGAAUGAUUUGUUGUAGCAGAAUGUCCUGGCCCCUGGGCCAACUUCCGAUAGGUUAUUUAAUAUUGCCUCGUGCGGAACAUUGUCGAAAGCUUUAUUCAGGUCAAGCCCCAACACAGCUUUGGUGCCCGUGCCAUGCCCGGGAUCGACUACAUCAUGUUUCAACUGUAUCAUGACAUCCUGCGUGGACAAAUUGGCCCUGAAAUCUAUCAUAGUUGGGGGAAAUAUCGCCUUGUCCUCUGCAUAACCCUGAAGCCUGUUGAGAACCACGUGCUCCAUCACUUUGCCCACACAUGAUGUCAGGGAUAUGAGGCACAGGUUCUCCAAGCAGAGUUUCUUGCCUGGCUUAGGAAUAAAUAUACGAAUCCUAGCAUGCUUCCAUUGUGCUGGGAUCUCCCCGGCCACCCAAUACUCAUUUACCAAGUCAGUGAUGCCACAACCGAUUUGAAAUCUAGAUUUCUCAGCAUUUUAUUAGUAACCCCGAUUGGGCCUGCGGCAGACGAAGUACGCAGCUGCCCCAUGGCAAACUCCACCUCCGCGAUUGUAAACUCUUUAUCUAGUUCCGAGUUUUCCACCCCCGAGUAGCGGGGUAAGCAACCGUCUACUCCAUCAGUUAUGUACCGAUUCCGGGGUUCCUGUAUAAACUCUCUAAUUGUGCCUUCGUAUUGAUGCAUUGCUCGAGUCAUUUGUCCCCGUUGCGCCAAUUUGGUUGCUGCAGGAUCCAAAAGAUGCCUCUACAGCUGCCAUGUCUUUUUGCAUCCUAACAGUCCAUUCAUGCGAUCACAAAUCAGGUCCUACUGCUUGGCUUGCAACUCAAUUGUAUAAUUUUCGAUUUUCCGUUUUAACUAGGCAGUCCUUCUGCGAAGGAUGCCAGUAUAUUUUUGCUUCUUCCAUCUUCUCAAGAGACUCGCGUGCGUUUCCCACAUGUGUAUUAGUCUAGAGUCCGCCGUAAACUCCUCCUGCUCGACUGGCUCUUCUACUGUGGUAUUCUUUACAUCCUUCUUGAGCGCCUCUACCGAUGCGUCCAGGUCUAAUUUUCCCGUCUAUAGUGCCUGCUCCGUUUUUCCUAAAUCUGUCCCAAUUCAUAAUUCUAUGCCGCUUCACUUUGUCUUUAUGCUUCGCAGCGCUAAACGUCGUGGAAAGGAUAUAGUGAUCACUUCCUAGUGCUUCUCCCGUGUUAAUCUACUUUGCAUAACUGAUACCUCUAAAUAACGUAAGGUCUGGAGAGGUAUUCAUGCUUAUGCUGUUGCCUAUCCUCACAUGAUCUUGCAGAUUGUUUAACAGCGUUCAUCGCAGAUCCUGGGCAACUUGCCAAAGUCGAUUGCCCUUUGGGCUGGCUGGAAUAUAACCCCACUCUGGGUGAGGCGCAUUGAAAUCUCCUACCAUUAUACGCUGAGCGCGAGCUGCUAACCGUUGAGUUUGAAUUGGGAGUUGUGGCAAGCCCAAUCCUUUUUCUUUUGGAGAACUAUACACAUUAAGUAAAAACAGAUUCUUCUCAUCCUUUCGUUUAGGUGAAAUUUCCAGCAGGACGUAGUCUUCUCUGCUGCUAUCUACGGAAUGCUGAAUGGCAGUGAUGUUGCAAUGGACUAGCAUGGCUGUGAAGAUGCGUGAUACGCCGCUUGAAUCAAUCCCUGGCACUGCAAAUGCCUUAAAUCUGGGUAACUUUACGGAAUUACUAGCCCCCUGUAAGGCUAUUAUGUCCGGUUUACUAUCCAGAUUUUGUACGUGCAACUGCAGGUUACCCCGCUUUUGACGAAAGGCCCUGCAGUUUCACUGCAAAACCUCAAUUUGUUGGGGAAGUGCUCUGAUGAGGCACCAGGUUGACUAAUGGCACUUGGUCACCCACGGGAGGCAGUCUUGCCUCCAAUAGAGUAUGAAGCUGCAGAGCCAUGCCCAUGACCUGGGUUUGGGAAGCCCUAAAUUCACUGGAAAGCAUGCUGAAACGCUCCUUUAUUGUGUCUAAUCUGGCUUUGAUUUUUUCGACUCGAGCCCCCAAUCUGUUCUAUCCCCUGGUUUGCCUACUUUAUCCGCAAGGGUAGUCACAUCCGACUUAAGACUAGUGACCUUAAAAAUGGGCUGUGGCAUGUUUACUGGUGACGUUUCCACUAAUCGUUUUGCAUUAGCUUUCUCGUCUACCGGUGGUAGUCUCUUCACUGUCCCCCGAUUCUCCACUUCCAUAGCCACACUCUCUUGUACGCGAGCAGACGGCUCUUCCGUCGCUUUCUGUAGGCCUUGCUGUACUGGUGCCUGUGUCCCUUGUGUUUGGUCGUUUUUAAGUGUGCGUUCCAUCUCUGCAAUUUUAUUUUCCAUUCUUUUAAUCAAAUCUCCCUGCUGCUGAACCAGCGCUGCUAACUCCCUCUCUCGAGCAGUUUCGUUCUGGGAGGCCGUGCCUGACAAGCUCACCUGUUUGUUAGUGUCGUGUGCGUGGCUGUUGGGACUGGAUACCUGUCCGCCACCUUGGCCGCCCCCGCAUCGUGGCAAUGGUGGGAAGGAACUCGACCGGUCCCUGCUUUUGCUUGUGCUUUCUUUACCCCUCGAUGACCGCUCUGUGGCCCUCGAGGACCGCUCAUUGUUGCAAGCUUCGCCCUCUCUUUUGAUGCUCUGCUGCCGGCCUGUCGGUGGCUUGCGAGCCAGGCGAAACUUGCAGUUCCGGCUCCCUGUGUGAUGCGCACCAUGGCACACGAUGCAGUCCGGCGUGCACGUAAGUGGCUCUCCUUCUGGCGGGGCAAGAUGGUCCUUCCCGCAACGGUGACAUAGGUUACUCUUCGGACGACAGCAAACAUCCGCUCGAUGUCCAACUCGUCUGCAGUUGUAGCAGGUCCCGACUAAAUUUCUAUAUGGGAUCACAGCGUACAGACAGUUCCAGUGAAUAACCUACCGGGGUAUGCGUUUUCCCCCGAACGUAAUCUGAAUCGCCUUCGACUUUCCCAGAGGUCUCGUGUCCAGAAUAUCUAUGCCUUCAUUCUUAAAGAAUUCCUCCCAAACUUUUCCACUGGGCAUCCAUCAUAAGCAUUGUAAAUCACUCCCCACACGGAGUUCUCCAACGGCGCCACGAACGCCGAAACCGGCAGGUCACAAUCACCCAGCUUGAGCGUCUUCAUAGUCGCAAAUGUCCCACUGCGAUUCAUACACGGUGUGCUCACCGUCAAUGUGUUGUUUGUGCCAUUAACCCGCACAACGUCUUCUUCCGCGGCAAUUGCACUUGUUAGACACGCUGCUGCUCUCAGUGCACAUUCGAGUUCUGUCGCUGUCACGACACUCAAGUCCCAGUUCUGGGGCCUGUACACAACCUUGAAAUCAGUGGCUGGCAUCUUGAGAAACGGUCCGCGUUUCUUCCACACCAGCGCUUUCCCCCGCUUGACUUGCUGCGCUCCGUGCGUCUUGCGCCUGUUGCUGCCAGCCUGCAUCUCUCAAGGCUUACCCUUGGCGUUACAGGCCAUACAAAGUCUUUUUAAAUCGGUCCUGUGUCUUCAGCUGUGAAGCCUACUCUUCCGCUACAAAAUCUUCGGGCGUUAUAGUCUCUCCUUCGACGUAGUAUUCCAUUUUCAGCCUAACAAGGCCCACGGUCACCAGGCGCAAGCCGGACGCCCGGUGCCGUGGCCAGGGCUUUGCCUAGGAAAUAGGCCUAGCUUUGUCACCGCCGGGUUGAUAGGAAAAUCUUGGAAACUCCUAAAACGGGGACAAACUUGCCUAUACGAGUGGUGUCCGUAGGUACAGGGCAACCUCUUGAAGACGAGCCCACUAACAGCAAGUCCAGAACAAAGCGCGUCCGCCGAUAGUUGGUCAUCGGGCCGGAGCUCUUGCAAAGCACGUCCGCACAGCGUCUCACUCCAGCCGUGUCUCACGCCGGGAGCGAGGGAAAAGACUCUGCGGAGGAACGCGACGACGUAGCCAAGAAUCUACGCGACAGCAACACUAGCGUACACAGGAAUCACAAUGAGAGAGAGUGACAAAGUUUCGUCAUGCACACUCAAGGUCACGAUGCGUGCUGAUGCAGCCUCUUUUCUUAGUGUCAUCCUGUCCUUGUGUAGUGUCCAGUGUACUCGCCAGGACGAAAGAAGAAAAAGUACUUGAAGCAAGCGACAAAUCCCUAUGACACUGCAGAUUUUUUAUGAAUUCAAGGCAUUUUCGGAGUAAUCGACUCGUGAGGCAAUAAACUCUGAUACUAAGCUCAUUCAAUGAUUACAUGGCAAACUAAUUCAGACCCAUUUAAAAGAUGUCAUGAGCUGUUUGUAUCUGUACAAAUGGUACCCUUGUGCCUUACAGUGUAGUGACGUAGUUUUGUAAGUUAUGAUGGUUGUUUUUUUCAUCAGCUGAUAUUCAAGUCAGUGACGAUAGGUAGUAUAUUUUUUAUAUAUUUUUGUCAAAUGCCUUGUUCCAAUAUUAAUACCACUUCUUUCCAACUGCGCUAUUUGUAUGUUCAUUUGGGAGACUGCCUUGGUCAUUUCAAUUUUUCACUUCAAUGUAUGUGCACAGUACAAGGUGGAGAGUCAAUGUGCAAGAAAAAAAAGAUACAGAUUACUAUUUGCUAUGCAUGGUGCUAGUUAUUGUGGCAUAUGAUGAGCUUACCGAUGCAUUUCAAAAGGUCUGAGUAGGCAACAAAUCGUUUAUUUGCCACCAAAAUUGCAAACGGCAAGAAUGACCCUUGGGAAACAGAAAGCAGUUUUCUUUUUGUAUGACCACAUAAAUACGAUGUCAAGAGACAAUCCUGAGUAAACCAUUCGGUUUCUCUGGUUGUAUUGUCUCUUGGCCUGUUGCUGUUAGCAACAAGCCCUGUGCCUUACAACAUCACUACACUGUAAUCUUGUAAUUUGUGAUGGUACUGUUUUCUCAAACCAGUGAUGAUACUAUGAUAUGGCACAAUUUUUUACGUCCUUGCAGAGUGUCUUGUCAUUGUCUGUAAACUUUUAUCGUGCCUAGUCAUGUAUUUAAAUAAACUUGUGCACAAA